AUGAAGUUGGCAUCACCACCAUUGCCUUCUUUGCUUCCAAAAGCGACUACUUUGGAGAGUGAACAUAGUUUGCACAUGAAGCAUAGAGGGAAGGUAUGUUGCAUCAUAUUUGACAAACUAUUGUCACAUGUAUUCUAUAUUCUUUCAUGUUUCAAACAUCCAGAUUUUAAAUUAUUUUACUUGAGUGUAUAAGUGAUAGGACUAUGUUAAUUUUAUAGAUAACGUUUGAAGGAGGGCAUACAACAACCGAGGACUCUCGGGCGUCUCAGCCUUCAACGUCAACAAACGAAAGUGUAUCUUGGACUUUGAAACAUGGGAAUUAUGAAGUUAGAUUAAUAGAUUGGCACGUUUAUAAAUAAGUGGUCUACAUUUAUAGAUAGCAGUUAUAGAAGAACGACCUUCAAAUAUUGAGGAAUCGCAACCUUCAACCUCAAAGAAUAUCGUAAGUAUUUUGAACUUUGAAACUGUAUCACUAGUCACACAGACCACACCACAGUAAUAUUAUUAUUUAAUAUAUUAUUUCAUGCAAUGAUGUGUAAUGAAAUCAAAUAUAUGGUGAAUAUGCAAAUUAGUCACAACCCAAAUUUUGUUAUUUCAAUAGCAUGGUGCGUGUAGCAAUUGUGCUCUCCUGUUGAAGAGAAAUAAGCAGCUCAAGUCCAAUUGGCUCUCUGCAAAACACAAGCUUGAUGUGUACAGAAAGGAAAUGGAAAGCCAUUCAAGUACUGUCGAUAAUUUCUGUUUCAGACAAGUACAAAUAUAGUAUAAGUUAAUAUAAUUCCUAGUAUAAGCUAAUAUAAUGUUUUCUAUGAUCAUCAUGAGAUGCAGGAAACGAAGACAUUCCUCCUAUUAAGAAAAUGAGAGCACAUGAUUUCUCAAGUCCUACAGUGACAAGUGAUGUAAAAGAUGUUUACAGUUCAGAUGUUGGAAUGCCUGCUUCAAAUGAUGUGUAUGAGGAAGAAACUGAGGAAUCAACUGAAACAGAGGCAGAGGAUGAAACAAUCCCACAACAUAAAAAGUAAGUGUUCAACUAUAAUUUGGCAUGUAACAAUUUAAUAUACAACCAAUUACAUGUAAGUCUAGAGUAGAAACAUACACGAAAGAGUGACCAAAAACAGUACAUAUGUGCAGACAGAUUAGUACACAAACUGUAUUAACAUGAUAUGUGAGGUAGUGAAGCUGCAAGCAUUUACAAUUCAAAUAUGUUGUUUUUUUAGGAUAUUCUUGGAUAAUUCAAAUUUGAGAAGGGAACCAAAGUUUAUUGUGUUCUUCACACAGUUACUGGCACUUUUCAAAUUCUGUCAUUCAUGCCAAUUCGACCAUCCACUUGUGGAAGUGCAAGAGAAUGGUACAAUGGCUGAAGUAACCACCACCUGUGCUAAUCCAAAGUGUGGGAAGACAAGCAAGUGGUUUAGUCAGCCAUAUCUAACAGGCACAAUGAUUCCAGCUGGCAAUUUCCUUCUGUCAUUUGCAAUACUUGUUGCUUACAUCAGCCACCAAAACCUUGAGAGUAUUCAAGCAUAUCAGAUUGAUAUGGGGUGUAAGUAAGUGUGGUGAUAAUUAAUCAAUAAUAAUUUAAAAAUUCAAAUAGAUAGUGGGCAAUGUUUAGUUAUGGUACCUCAACAUUAUAUAAUAUAUUUGUAGGAAAAGUUAUUCCCUGGAAUGAACCUUCAUUGGAACACUAGGAGGGGUUAAUCACCAAAAUGAAGAGCCAUAGUGACCUGACAGCUGGUGAUGGAAGGCAUGACAGUAUGGGUCAUAGUGCUAAGUACUGUGCCUAUACUGUAUUCUGUUGCACAGUACCAUUCAUCUUACACCAGUGCAGGUAUGUUAGAAAGCACAAAUUGUAUACAACAGAAUGAUAUAAAAUCACAUUGCAUACUUACUGGGUGUCUUAAAAUUUUUUAGAGAAAUGAAGUAGGUAGCAGUCCUGCGAUGGAGUACCAUGGCUUUGUAAGGUGCAUGGAAUAUCUUCUGGGCACUGGAUUUUUGUUUCUGAUCGGCAUUCGGGAAAUGCAAAGCACAGGAGAGAAUAGCUGACCACAAUCGAGCAUUAUUUUGACAUUUGGCAUUUAAAGAAGAGUAUGUUAUCAGAAAAGUAAGUUAUAUUUACUGACAAUUGGUUUGCUUUACAGUAUCCUACGUUAUAUAGUUGUGUUAUCAUCUAGAUUGUAAUUGUAAUAGAAGCCAUUAUGAUGUGUGUGUGUGUGUGGGGGGGGGUUGUUAUAUUAGGAAAGGGUAGAUUAUUUAAAACUAAUUAGUUUUUAUUUUCAAUUUUGUAUUUCAGAGGUCACAAAAGUAUUAACAAAGAUUUCAAAGAUCAGUGGAAAUGAAAUACUAAACGAAUGGAUUAAACCAUGUGCCAUUUUUUAUUUUGGAGUGCAAGGACCACCACCCAGAGUGGUCAAUACACACAAAAAUUUGGAAAAUCCUGUAUUUGACAAGUGUGCACAUUCAGAUGAAAUUCAACCACGCAAGUGGCUAUAUUUCUGUGUUAUAGUGUGGUAAUAUAGCUAUUAAAAUGUCUAUUCAACACAAAAAAUACAUAAUGGUGUGGUACUUCUUUUAAUUUGGCAUACCUCUCCCAAACUACCAUAGUCUAAUAAUUCCUCUCCAUUUCAAUUGUGCAAAAAAGGGACUAUACAUUUUUAAUUUCAGACUCCAUUGCAUCUGAGAAAAUGCAUGCUGCACUCACAAACAAGAGACUUAUGAAUGGAAUCAAGCAGGCAUCUCCUUUUGGCCAGACCAGUUGUCUGGAAGGUUUCCACUCAGUACUAAACCAGCUUUCUCCAAAAAUGUUUGGGUAGGUGAGAAACAGUUUGGUAGUUAUUUUUGUAACAUCAAGGCAGGUUGAUGCAUUCAACUCUUUUCUGGUUAUUUUAGGCAUGCACCCUGCUGUUAUUCAUUUCAACAACUUAAACAGGAAAAACCGAAUGAAGAAUGGUGUUGAGCAAGUGCAUGUUGUGUAUCCAAAAUUUAAAAAUGGAGAGGCUGUAGUUAGAAAUCUCAAAGUACAGCAAAAUUUUGGUCUGUAUGUAGUUAUGAUAAUAACAUUAAACUGAUUUCCUUGUCGAACAUCAACACUAAUGGUCAUAUCUUGACAGGAUUACAAAUAGGGAGGUGGGGGCAAUUGGGCAUAUGGACAAUCUGGGGAGAUUGUUUUAGCCCUCGUAUAAUAGUUGCAUAACUAUAUUAUUGUAUUUCUUAAAGAUUAUGUUGAUGAAAUAUAUGACACUAUAGUUGAUGCAAUGUUGGACAAGAAGUUAGCAAAGGAAAUUAAAGAAUUAAAAGAUGAAACACCACCACCAAUGAACAGGAUGCUCGAAAAGCAAAGAGAAAGCAUGCCAAUUGUUGAUGUGCCACCAACAAUUCCUGGUAGGUUGCAUGUGUCCUUAUAUGAUAGUAGAUGAGUCAUAAUCAUGCCAUAUAAGGAACAUUUUAAUUAGGUCUAAUGAUUUUUAAUCAUACAGUAAAGAACAAAACGUUCAUUAUUUUCUUCUCACUUUUAGUGCCUGAUUUACAAACAUUGAUUAAACAUUCAUUUCUUUUGUAUUUUCCUCAUGAAUUAUUAAUGAAUUUUUUAAUUUGCAUACAAAAGCAAGAAGUUAUAAGCAUUGAAUCUCAAGCAUAAGCAUCUCAAAACAAAUAAUAUCAAUAUAGCCUAAAAUAAGAUUUAUUAUAUUUGAACUUAUUGCAUCAUACAUAUAAUAUAUAUUAUAAUUUAUCAAUGUAAAUAUACGUUAGUUCACAAAUAUACGUUAGUUCUUGAUUAUGCAAUAAUUCUUCAAAUAUUAUAAAUGUAUCAAUAUAAUACUAGGGGAGCUACUUGUAAAAGCCUUUUGGGUUUAUUUUGUUCUCCGUCCAAACAUAUUUUGUAAAAUACAACUUGUACUGUAUAUAUCUAUCAAGUUCAAACUAUUGUAACAUACUUGGAAAAUUAAAUUGAAUUUAAUAUUCAAAUUGCACUUUUCGGUCUUUUCCUGCAUCCUGAACAGGCAUGUUAGCAAUCUUGUACCCAGAGUAUGCCCGUUCGCAAGUUAGAUCAUGCCCAGCGCCUAACCUGCGAACAGGUAUACUCUGGGCUGUUUACAUGACGGAAGGUGGGAUGAUUUUGAUGUAUUGAAAUAAGUCACUAGGCUAAACGAAAGUUCAAAAGCUGGUUAACCGAACUCAAAUAUUGUAAAGAUCAUGUAGUUGAAGAAGAUUUUUGAACAACCGUUCGUUUACAGUUAACUAUAAUCCAUCUCUACAAAAUUAAACUUUUUGCUGAAUCAUGCAUCAUGAUUUAUUUCAAUAUAUCAAAAUCUUCCCGCCUCAUAUCUCGUCCUGGCAAAGCUGGAUCAUAUAAACUAAACAGUCCCUUAUUCAGCAAAUUGUGCAUGCUCUCCCUUGCCUUUGGUCCCUUGGGGGUGAGGCAGCACUUUCCUUGCGAUAGUAACUUCUAGUUUCUAUUGUAUCACAUGGUGAAAGAUGUAAUAUUCUGUGGUUCUCGUGUGUUUACACGGCCGAAUUUCAGACCAGUUCCAAAUUCGUCUGGUACCGUGUAAACAGGGUCUUAAUUACCCUUUCUCACGCUAUGUGACCAGGCCUUAUCCGCCAUUUUUGGGUGGCAAACCGCGCGGGGCCAGAGAACGACAACAAAUUUAAAGAGCGAGUUUAGAAAAAGUAAUAUAGAGAGUUUUGGCAAAUUUUUAUGAUAAAAAAAGUUUGAAAAAUAUUUAACUGGUGUAUUAUCAAGAUAUAUCUUCAAGCUGCACACAGAAGGAGAGUUUCAGUGCAUUUCUUUUAAAAGUGAUGGAAAUAUAACUGGUUGAAGUACGAUGUAGUGUCGCUAAGCCAACAAGGUGAGGAGUGACUUCCUAUUUUAGUACACUAAGUUUCACCUUGAAAUAAACAUGUUCUUUUCAGAAUGAAAACCUUUACAUUAUAAAAAUGUAAUCAGUAGCUAUUACGUAAACUAGAAUUACAGUUUAAAGGUUACCUUAUUAGAUUUUAAAAGGUUUUUUAUUGUGUUUUUAGACCAAUGGUUGCCACGUAACUGCUAUGCCUGGACAAAUUAAAUGUUUCAUCUCAGGCUGCAGUAAUUCGUGGUACAACAAAGAUAAUGACAAUGUUAGUUUCCAUCGUUUACCUAAAAAGUGAAGUCUAAUCAAACAGUACGAAGAACAUUUAAAAACUAAGCUUCCGAAGGCCCAAAAUGCCAGAAUUUGCGGCGAGCAUUUUAAAAACGGUAGACAUGAGUUUCCAAAUGAAUUGCCUUUAUGGCAGUUUCUGCCAGGAAAUCACUGUAAAAAGAGGAAAGCUCCUACAGUUCGAGGGCCUAUUCCAAAACCUAAGCCAAGAAAAGAAUAUUUUAAGACAUAUAAAGAAAGAUUACUGAAAAAGAGGUUGGAGAAAAACCAAGUUGAUUUUGAUAAUUUGAAAGAGCAAUUACAUGACCUGGAAGAAAAAUUAGCCAGUGAAAAAGACAAAGAAAAAGAAAUGAAUGAGAAAUUAAGAAAAUAUGUAGAUGAAAGUGAAGUUUUGCAAAAUAAAAUUAAUCAACAGCAGUUUGGCUAUGAGAAAUUCAUAAGUGAUGAUAGUAAGAUGAUAUUCUACACUGGUUUGAGCAGGAAACAGUUUUAUGCACGUUGGGAAUUCAUUGAGGCAGAACUAUCAACACCAAUACGAAAAGAGGUUACCUUAUUAGAUUUUAAAAGGUUUUUUAUUGUGUUUUUAGACCAAUGGUCGCCACGUAACUGCUAUGCCUGGACGAGUUAA